AUGGGAUAAAGCUGUUGCAAUAAGUAAACAAUCGAAUAAAGUAAUGAACAAAUGACUGAGUGGUGCUAAAAUAUUGAAGGAGUCAAAUUUUGCGAAAACCUUGAUGAUAUAUUUAACUCACAUGAUUGUAAUUCUAAUCAAGCAAGAGUGCUAAGCUCUUAAAUAAUAUUUACAUUUUAAUAGUAACUGCCUCCUACAUUAUCGUAAGAAAGUAUAAAUUACGAUAAAAUGAACAGUUUAUAAAAAGAAAGCUUAGAUGAAGAAAGCCCUUCAUUUAAGGCAUAACAACUUAGAUUCUUAAGAAAAUGA